CACUCGCCCAAAAGAAGCAAUGCUCGCACUUCGCAUAUCCCAUAUAUAAAAUACGAAAUCAAGGCGAUCGACGCUCGGGCGGUUGCCGGCCCUGAAAUUCACAUCAGAGUAGGUAGAUGCAGCCUCAGCAGCUGCAUAAAGGAAUGAACUCGCGGCCGUGAGUCAUGCGCGUGCAGCAACUCCAGUCCGUCUGGCCGACGUUGACUUAGUGCGGCUCCGUUGCAUCAAAACAACAAGGGAGAGCGGAAGAAAGAAAGCAUCGUAUACGCGCGAGUUUUCUCUCAGUGGCAUAGCAGUGCGUGCCGUAGUAUAGUCAACGUAGAUCAUAUCAGUGAAAGGAAUAAGCAUCAGUGUCUUAAUAAUCGUUCGAUCGAAUGCUAGCCGCGGACGGCUCGCCUCGAAAACGACGAUUCCAACACCACGACACCCACGAUGUCCGACGAAGAGCAGCUUGUUUCCAACUGUUCUCCGGAGGACGGAGAUGAGCCGCUGAAUCUUCAGGAUCUCCCUGUGGAAGUAUUCCUGCACAUCUGCUCGUUUCUGGAUGCCUCGAGCCUGGUUCACGGCUUGAGUUUGGCGUGCAAGCAGUUUCACGAAAUUUUGAACGAUGAUUCGAUAUGGAGAGUCAGGAUCAGUCAGAUUUGGCCGAACGUCAAUUAUCCUACCCUACCCUCCGCUGAUCACGAUGAAUUGUUUUGGAAAUUGUCGUGCGUCGCCAUCGAAAGGCAGGCAAAGCUGUGGAGGAAUACAAGUGAUCAGAUGGAACGAAUACGGUUGAAUAAUAUCCAUUAUAGUACCAUCGAUGGACUUUUGUUAAUGCAUAAAGGAACUGUUUGUAUAUCCGGUGGCAGGGAUCGGUCUCUAGUGCUUUGCAAACUGUCAUCGGAAGAAGAGCAGAAUUCAUGUAUGUCAGUCAUUAAUGCCCACGAUGGAUGGAUUUGGGAUUUGACAGCUAUAAAUGACACAAUCUACAGUUGCAGUUGGGAUCGAUCGGUGAAAGCAUGGUCAUUGACCAGCACAGGACUGAUACCUUUGACUACCUAUGAAAUGAUCGUUUCUGGUGCUUUACUGUGCGUUACAUCGUGCCCAGAAUUGGAACUGUUUGCAACAGGAUCGUAUUGUAAAAGCGUUUUAGUUUUCGACUCGAGAGCCGGUCAUACACCAAUUGUCAAAUGUCAACCUCACAACCGAGCUGUCAUUAGGAUAGCAAUGAAUUCAAAUUAUAUUCUUUCCGCUAGCGAAGAUAAGACUGUGCACGUGUGGGACCAAAGGGCGGGGCGAUCGAUGAAAUCUAUAACGAUUUCCAAAGAAUCGUUUCCUAUGAGUAUGUGUAUGCAGAAAGAUAUUGUCUACGUUGGCGAUAGCGCCGCUAAACUCCACGUCUUAGAUCCAAAGCAGAACUUUGAGCCUGUCAAGAGUUACAGGACUGCGCAUGAGAAAAGUAUUACGGGCGUUUAUAUCGACUCUGGGUGCUUAAUUACGAGUUCCUUGGACAGGACUGUACAGAUAUCGAGUCCCACUGAUCCUCCCCAACCGCUGACAUCUUUGCACUACAGCAACGGCGAAAUAGCGAGUAUUGAUUAUCAGAAUGAGGUACUCGCCGUUUCUGGCCCAGAUGCUAUUGAAAUUUGGCGACCAAAAGCCAGAACAAAGUGUUCAUGAGUUUAACACACUCACGUAACGUUUUUAAUGAUUUACCGCGAAAGAAAAAUAAAAUAGAAAUGAAGCGCAUAAUAAGACUUGCCGAUUAAUUGAUGUAUUUUGCAUUUGUAUUGUUUUUUAUUAAAAAAGAAAGGAAAUAUUUGAUAUUACUUUGAUUAAUUUUUGGUGUACGUAUAUUAUUUGUAUUACACUCGCUUGAAACUGUUAAAACCCAUAUAUAUAUUAUACUUACAAAUAUAUUUUUUUUAUCGA